GAACUGCAGAGGCCUUUGGCCUUUGGUGCGACAGAGGGUCUCAAGUAGCCAUGCAGGCGGAUUUAGGUCCGGUUCCAAUUGGAGUUGGCCGCUUGGAACUACACAUUACUGGACUGGAUGGCAGGGAGCUGCGCAUGAGUGCGGAUGCAGACAUCCAGGGCAAGGAGUUGCUGCGGCUGGUGAGGUCUCAGCUGCCUCCAAGGCCCGGGGGUGUGCUCAGCCUCUGGUUCGGCGGCAGGAAGCUUUCGGUCCACCAGACCUUGGCGGAGCAGCGCUUGGAGUGGUCAGAUGGCAUGUUCACCUACAGCCCGGCCAAUAUGCUCAACACGUGGCAUGUACUGCGGCAAGCCCACCUUCACGGAGAUGUAGACGUCGCUGCUGAGCACCUGGAAGGAGUCACAAGCAUGUGUUGGCGCCCCAGGAAGUCCAUGCUUUCUGUCACACAAGGCUUGCCAAACACGUUGAGAUGCCUGAGGCUUGACUUCAGCCCCGUGAGCUGGGUGAACUUUCCCGAAGGCUUGCAGAGCCUAAGCCUUGGGGACGCAUUCAACCAAAGCCUGGUGGGAGCCGCUCUGCCCAACAGCUUGCAGACGCUGAGCUUUGGUCAAAAGUUUGACCAGAGCCUCGAGGAGAUAAAUCUGCCCAGCGGUUUGCAAAGCUUGACUUUUGGGUGCGACUUCGACAAAAGCUUGGAGAAUGUGAGACUGCCUGGUGGUUUGCGGUUCCUCACUUUUGGGGACUUCUUUGACCAAAGCCUGGAGGGAGUAACUUUGCCAUGCAGCUUGCAGAGCCUUACUUUGGGCGACUGUUUCAAUCGCAGCCUGGAGGGAUGCCGUUUGCCAAGCAGCUUGCAACACCUGACUUUUGGCGACUUGUUUGACCACAGCUUAGAUGGAGUCAAGAUGCCCAGCAGUUUGCAGAGCCUUCGAUUCGGCGUCAGCUUCAACCACAGCCUGGACCAAGUUGAUUUGCGGAGCCUGCAGAGCUUGACUCUGGGAGCUCGCUUUCACCAAUGCUUGCAAGAAGUUAGGCUUUCGGCCUUGCAGAAUCUCAGCUUUGGACCCUUGUUUGACAGAAGCUUGGAGGGAGUGGCUUUGCCCGCCCUGGAGAGUUUGCAAUUAGGCAACCCAAGCCUGCCGAUGAAUCUACCAGACAGCUUGCGCAGCCUCAGCUUCGGCAACUGCUUCAACAAAAGUCUGCAAGGAGUGAAGCUUCCUGGCAGCUUGCAGGCCCUGGCAUUCGGCAGGGACUUUAAUCAAACACUGGAGAAGAUCAGCUUUCCCGGCGGCUUGCAGAAGCUGACUUUGGGUGGCGACUUCAAUCAAAGCCUGGCAGGAGUCGUGUGGCCCAGCCUGCAGAGCCUCACUUUUGGGGUUGACUUUAAUCAAAGCCUAGAGGGAAUCCAUCUGCCCGACAGCUUGCAGAGCUUGACAUUCGGCGUCAGUUUCAACAAACGUUUGAAGGGAGUGCUGCUGCCCAGCAGCCUGCAGAGCCUGACUUUUGGAGAUGAAUUCAAUCAAAGCUUGGCGGAAGCGGUUCUGCCCAGCUGCUUACAGAAACUCGCCUUUGGGCGUGAUUUCAACCAAAGCCUCAAGGGAGUGAACCUGCCCAGCAGCCUACUAACCCUGACUUUUAGCGAUAGUUUCAACCAACGCCUCGAGGAACUCAAUCUGCCCAGUAGCUUGCAGAGCCUGACUUUUGGCGAUUUGUUCAACCGAAGGCUCAUGGGUGUCAAUCUGCCCUGCAGUUUGCGGAACCUCACUUUUGGCGACUCCUUUGACCAAAGCUUGGAGGGAGUUAUUCUUCCCAGCAGCUUGCAGACGUUGACGUUCGGAAGGCACUUUGACCAAAGCUUGGAAGGGUUCGACCUGCCCAGUAGCUUGCAGAGUCUGACUUUCGGCAGGGACUUCAACCAAAGCUUUGAAGGAGUUAUUCUGCCCAACUCCUUGCAAAGCCUAACCUUUGGCGAGCACUUCACUGAAAGUUUGGAAGGGGUCGCUCCAACCAGCGCGCCGCUUUGCGUUGCAUGUCCUGGCUUGUCAGUAGGUUGCGCCUGAUCUUGUCAGCUUUCGCCUGUGGCGAGCCGGGGCAAGCGUUGGG